AUGACUUGGGAGCUCCUUAACACGGCUUUCCCAGUUUCUAGGCCAAGCAGCGAAUUAGUAGUCAAAUUGAAACUCUAUAGCGUUUCGUACCAUUUUUCAUUAUUUUUAGUGUGGGCCAUUCAGACGUUCAAACACUUAGGUCGGUUUAAUAUAGAACUUCCAUUUUUUUUCAAUAAUAAAAAAGAUACUACAAAUUUUGAGGAUCCCAGCAGUUCUUGCAUUCGAUUCGUUUUCUUGCAUCCAUAUUCCAGAAGGUCUUCAGAUUUUUGCUUGUGGAUUCUGUCGCUGCUUGAGGAUUUUGUCUUUCUCAAUCUUCGGGCGAGUUGCAUUUCUGAAUCGAACUCGGAUCGGCCACCCAGUGAACGAAGUGUGGCCGAAAGGAUAGAGAACACUUUGCACACGCACUACUACACUAUCGCGUACACUCUUGUGAUCGUUGCCUACCUGGCUGGAUUUGCCGAGUACGUGUACUUCCGUCUGGUGUCGAUUUUGAUUCCGGAGCGAAUCACCUACCAUCCAAUUUGUCACGAGAAAGAGGGUCGUCGAGUAGGCAAAGAUGGCUUUCAUUAUGGCGUCUCUAUAGGCGCUUUCAUCGCUAUCGCACUUUUCCAGUUAAUUGUAAGUUUCAAAUCUACCUUUCCUAGAUAUAUUGAUGGUUUUAAUGCAUCUUUUAUUUCAUUACAACUGUCUUCUGUUAAAACUUCGGAAUAUUGGUUUUUGGCAUUGAUCCAAAAAGCUUCUAGGAGUUUUCGCGCUGGUGUUUUGGACUCCUGUGCAAGGAUAUUGACUUUUACUUCAAAAUCGUCUCCG